AUGGGUCAAUACUCGGUCUCCACCUUUGCAGGUUUUCGCCACAUCGAUGGAUUAAACCAAAAUUUUCACACGGAUGGUGUGAGUGCCACCUAUGCUCCCUUGUCUUCAGAAAUCUAUGAUGUCACGUUUGCAUCGAAUGGAGACUUGUACUUGGUGGAUCAAAAUUUGAAUCGUGUCUUGAAGGUCGACGCCAAUAGUGGAGUCCUUACGACGGUUGCAGGAAUUAAUUCAGCAAAUUUCAAUGGAGACGGAAUGAAAGGUUCACGAACAGCACUUGCAUAUCCAAGAGGAGUGGCUGUACUACCAAAUGGAGAUGUAUUGAUUGGUGAUACGAAUUCUCAUCGAGUGCGACGUGUGUUCGCAUCCAAUGGUACAGUCAUUACCUUUGCAGGAACUGGUGAAGCUGGAUACAAUGGUGACAGCAUGUCAGCCACUCAAAUGCAACUCAAGUGGCCGCAAAGUUUGGCAGUUACCACCAAUGGUGAAGUUUUAAUUGCAGACACAGGCAAUCAUCGCAUUCUUAAAGUCAUGUCCAAUGGAAUGGCCAUCACUGUCGCAGGAGUUAACGCCACUGCUGGCUAUAAUGGAGAUAUCAUUUUGGCCACGAAAGCAUAUUUGAGUUCACCGUUUGGCGUUGCAGUUUCCAAAUCGACUGGAGAAGUGUUGAUUGCAGAUACCAAUAAUCAUCGUAUUCGUAAAGUGUUGAGUAAUGGUAAAAUUGUGACUGUAGCAGGAAAUGGCAAUCAUGGGUUCAAUAAUGACAACAUUCCUGCCACUCAAGCCACAUUGACCUAUCCUUACGAUAUGGACAUUGCAUCAAAUGGUGAAAUUUUCAUUGCCGAUAAUGGUAAUCAUCGAAUUCGAAAAGUUUUAACCAAUGGUAACAUCACGACCUUUGCCGGAAAAGGAAUGGAAGGUUUUUCAGGUGGUUUCACCGGAGAUGGCAUUCCAGUCACCUCUUCAACAGAAGUAAACUCUCCCAAAGCCAUUGCCAUUUCACCAUUGACAGGUGACAUUUAUUUUGCAGAAACGUAUCGUAUUCGAAAAGUCACACAAUCCAAUAAUUAUAUUUAUACCGUCGCAGGGAGUGGUUCUCCACAAUAUUACGGCGAUGGAUUGAAUGCAAAGAGUUCAGCUGUCAUUACCAUUUCAAGUAGUUUUGUGUAUCCACAUCCCAUCAGCGCCACCAUCGAUCCCAAAACAGGAGAUGUCUAUAUUGCAGACAGUGGUGCCGGUUUGAUUCGAAAAAUCCAAAAAUCUACUGGAAUCAUUAGUACCUACGCUGGAUCCACGAAUGGAUUCUCCACCGAUGAAAGUGCACAAUUAGGAGAACCAGGAGACUACAUUUUAGCCACGAGUGCAAAACUUGGUUCAAAUCUUCCAGGAAUGGCCAUUCAUCCCGUCUCAGGAGAAUUAUAUUUCAUUGAUCAAGGUUAUAUUAAAAAGAUUGCAACCAAUGGAAUGGUGAAUCGAGUGGCAGGAUGGAUCACUUCAAGUUUUUCAGGAGAUGAUGGACCAGCUCUUUCUGCCACAUUCAAUGAACCACAAAGUUUGGCGUUUGCAUUGAAUGGAGAUUUGUAUAUUGCAGACAAAUCGAAUCGAAGAAUUAGGAAAAUCUUUACGAAUGGAACUAUUGUCACAUUUGCAGGAACAGAUCCCGAUGCGUCGAAUGAAUUUGCGCCUUUUAGUGGAGAUGGAGAUUUGGCGGUGAAGGCUGUGUUUUUGAAACCUUCUGGAGUGGCUGUGAGUUCGAAUGGAGAAGUAAUUAUUGCAGAUUCAUUGAAUAAUCGAGUGAGAAAAGUAUUAACCAAUGGAACGGUCAUUACCAUUGCUGGUAUUGGACCAUCCUUUUUCGACGGAGGAGGUUACAAUGGUGAUGGAAUUUUAGAAACCAAUGCCAAACUCAAUAUUCCCUCGGGGGUCGCCCUCACUCCCAAUGGAGAAGUCAUCAUUGCAGAUACCAACAAUCAUCGGAUUCGAAAAAUUCUCACAAAUGGAACCAUUCUAACAAUUGCUGGAAAUGGUUAUCUGAAAGGUUAUCAUGGAAAUGCAAUUCCUGCGAAAAAUGCAAUGCUCAUGUACCCACAGGGAGUCUCUGUCGAUGCCACUACUGGAGAUAUUUAUGUCUAUGGAGAUUAUGUGUAUAAAAUGUGUCGAAUUGGAACUGAUGGAAUGAUAUACACAGUUUUGGCAAGUGCUAGAUAUGGCAACGAUUAUGAACGUCAGGAGGUGUAUGGAUAUCCAGAUGUUGUUACAAGUUUUUUCAGCGGAGAUGGUGUGAAGGCGACCUUUUCACAACUUUAUGCACCAAGAGGACUUGUUGUGACUCCAAAUGAGGAAGUGUUGAUUGCUGACACGCUCAAUAAUCGUAUUCGAAAAGUUUCAACUAAUGGAAUCAUUUCAACAAUUGCUGGGGGAGAAGGAUAUUUGGGAUCUUAUCCAGAUAAUGGUUAUGCAGCUACAACGGUCUUUCUCGACGGGCCAAAAGGAGUGUUUUUGAAUCGCAAGACUGGUGAGAUUUUUAUUGCCGAUUCCGGUAAUUCCAAAAUUAGAAAAAUUGAUGUGAAUGGAAAUAUGUUUACAAUUGCUGGAAAUGGCACUUCUGGAUACAAUGACGAUUCAAAGUUGGCAACAUUGGCAUUAUUCAACCAGUCAUCGAGUGUUUUUGUCUCUGAACAUACCAAUGACGUGUACAUUGCAGAUACAGGCAACCACCGAAUUCGUAAAAUUUCAGCAACCACUGGAAUUGUAACUACCAUUGCAGGAACUGGUGUUGCAGGAUACAAUGGUGAUAAUAUUUUAGCAACGAGUGCCAUGAUGAAUAGUCCAAAUUCCUUGUACGUGACAAGUUCAGGAGAAGUCUUUUUUGCAGACACGAACAAUCAUCGAAUUCGAAAGAUUUUCACAAAUGGAACUAUUGUGACCAUUGCUGGAAAUGGAAUGGCAGGAUUUAGUGAUGGAACAAAUUCACUGGCCAUACAAGCUCAACUUGACACACCGAUGGGCAUUUAUGUGUCAGAAAAUUCUGGAGAUGUCUUUAUUUGCGACACCAAUAACCAUCGAAUUCGAAUGGUGAAUUCUUUUGGCGUCAUUUCCACAAUUGCAGGCCAUUACUAUUUUGGAUACAACGGAGAUGCUACUUCUGCUUUGGAAACCUAUCUCCAAUAUCCUACAAGCAUUUAUGUCUCGAAUGUGACUCGAAGAAUUUAUUUCACAGACACGAACAAUCAUUUAGUGAGAAUGUUGGAACCGUUGUGUGCUUUAGGACAAGUUUAUGAUCCAUCCUCAUCGAAAUGUGUGCAAGAUGUAUAUUGCUAUGGAGUGAGUGCUUUCACUUCAAGUGUUUGUUCAGGUCAUGGUUCAUGUAUUUCCGAAAAUACUUGUCAAUGUCAAGUUGGAUUUUUUGGUGCCACUUGUCAAAUUACUCAAUGUGGUUCAACUUUUAGUAACGAUUCCACUGUUUGCAAUUCUCAUGGUUCAUGUAUUGGAGUGAACACUUGUUCAUGCAAUUCCGGCUGGACAGGCACUUUUUGUGAUCAAUGUAUCGGAAACAAUUGCGGCGGCGGAGGAGAUAACAACCAUGGACAAAUUUUCACAUGCAACGGCACUCUUUCAAAUUCCACAUCCGUCUGCAAUGGAAAUGGAAAUUGCACCAAUUCUGACACAUGUCAAUGCAAGAAUGGAUUUUCUGGCAAGUAUUGUGAGAGAAAUCUCAUUCUUGAUCCAAUUCAAGAAUGCACAGUGGGUGGAUUAAGUUGUGGAGCAUUGGCUGGAAUUGUGAUUGGAUCAGUGAGUGGAGUGUUGUUGUUGGUAAUUGGUGUGGUGAGUGGAGUGGUAGGAGUUGUCAUUUGUGUCAUGAAGAAGAAGAAAAGUGGUGUUGAUUCGGGAUCGAUUGUGAAUGCGAAUAGUGUCGAGUUGAGAAAUGUGUGA